UCCUCUCGAAUAUAACGUUGGUCCCGCUGAUUAAACGUCGAGAAAACCGCCGUUCAUUGUUUUUCCCUGUGUAACCAGACGAAACCUGCUGCUCCGCAAGUGCUACGGGUGCUAUAGGGGCGGCUCCACAGCCUCAUCCUGGGCAGUGUCGGGCUGUCUAACUAGCGGGAAACAUUGGCGUCCAAUAGUGCGAGACCUGCCCGGAAAAUUGUUCGCGUCAGACCGCGAGAAGGGUUUUCACGAGUGAUUUCAGUGCCCGUCGAAUUUCCUGCCUCUGGAAUGUGAAUUUUUCGACACACGAUGUCCAAGCUACGCCGAUCUUCCAUGCUCCAAACCCAGACCUCCGAACCACUGAUAGUGGUCGAAGAGAACGAGGAGAGACAGGACAGGGUCUCCUGCAGCUCCGAGGAUGAAUCACCCACCAUGAAUCCCCUCCUGCUCACCCCUUUCGCCAGGGAAAUCCGAAAGCAUUCUUUACCAACCCCGCAAUGCAGCGGCAUCACCGCCAGCCAAGUGCGUCGCCUCUCCGAGAGAAGCGAAACUGCAGGUCCAGGUCCCAGACAGGCAGAAUUCCUGGCCACCUUGUCCACAGCCCCCCAACCGACACCAGGGGGAAGGAGGCAUUCGGUGGUGACUAUCUCGAGAGUCCCCCCUGCCCUGUUCGGUCGAAGCAGGAGGGAAUCUGUCGCUGUGUUUCCCUCAAGAUUGCUGCCUAACAGAAGGGAGUCCAUAGCUUGUCCACCCUCAGAACCCUUAGGCAGCGUGCAUAACCUCCAGUUGGACAUAAUGGACGACAUAGUGCAAGCCAGGAAGGUGCGAAUGAAGGUGUGGAGCACCAGCAGCGAGAAGGUCUGCGAGGUACAACCUGUCGGAGAUACGGACCCUGAGAACGUUCAGAGGUUCCACGGCUCCUCCAGGCGUUACUCGGACUUCGUUGGCACGACCUUAGCGCCUAUCCCCAGCUCCAGCAAACGCAGGGCUUCCGAACUACCAGUUACCACCUGCGAAACGCCCUCCAAUGCAAGUAAGCUCAAACCCUCUGGAAUAGUUUGUUCAAAUACUGAUUUAAUGUCUAUUUUAUCUUCUCUUUCAACCUCCGCAAUGGAAAUCAACGGACAGUGUGAGACUAGAACCGGUAAGGAAGAACCGAGGAAUAGUGUAGGACAAAAGAAACUAUUGAAGAACACAAGGUCUAAUAGUUUUGAUAUAGCAAUAAUUUAUAAGGCGAAAGCGUCGGAUUCGAGUGAGGACAAGUCUGCGCCGUCAAACUGGUUUGUCAAGCGACACCAGCCCAAAGACCAAAAGACUAAUUUCUCCACCUCCCCACCUAAGAAAACCCCAGAGCUCCUCAAAUCUCCGAAAGUAGUGUCCAAGGAGCCUGGGAAAGUCGUUUGGGACGAAAAGAGUGGUUCGAUGGUUGACGUGCAAGCACUGGGUAGUGCCAUAGAAGUUUUCUUGCGUAAGAGCACCCCGGAAACAGGCUCGUCUUCUUGCUCGCCCGCGAACUCCCCCAGGAAAAAAACGAAACUGAAAAGUCCUUCAGGGAAAUCGAGAACAGCAUGGUUCGCCAGUAGGGGCGACGAGGAUUCCACGGAAACCUGCGAAUUCACGUUAUGUUCCACCCUGAAGGAUCUGUUCGUGAAAUGAGAUUAUUUUUCAUAUUGUUGUGCCUACUAUCUGGCAUCGUGUUAGAUAUAAAUGUUACAAUAUUAAUGUGUCUUAAAUUCAGUCUAUGAGAUCAUGUUGGAGCACAAAUUUCAAAUAUUAUAAUAGCUAGAAAUAUAUUUGUUAUUUCGAGUUCAAAGUUUACUAUCAGUCUACCAAAAGAAUUUCUAUGAGACCAUACUUCUAUUCCUUCUUCUUCGUUUCAUUUCAUUCAAAAACUACGUGGUAGCAUUAUACAUCAUCAUCUGGACGCAUAAUUAUUGUUGAGAAUACCUGGGCCUAGUAAAGCACAUAGUUUCCCACAAAAAUAUUGGCUAAUUCCACAAGGAAAUGUACCUCUUUUUUUCGCCAAAAAUCACUGAAGUCAAGUCAUAGAACGAAUUUUGUAUGGAGGAAGAGUUGCCCUAUCUGUGGAUUGUCCCAGACAGAUCCAAAAAACCAAAAACCACUCCAAUCCACUCUACGCUACUCUACUUUUUUGUGUUUUAUAACCUCCACCUUACCAAAUGUCAAAGUCUCUCCAACUUCAUCAAAUAUUCUAAAAUUGCAGACAGGAUAUUGAUAUUGAUUUUUACGUAGAAUAUAUUGCUUUUGAUUAUGGGGUGUGAUUUUCAUCCCUAUAAAUGGAAUAAUCAUCCCUACCUAUAAACCGCAUAUUCUUGUUUGGUAUUUCUAUGGCAUGAUUGGCAGAUUUUCAUCAUAGAUUAAAUAAAAAAACUAUUCUAUGAUAUUCAUAGAAGCUUCAGCAUUCAAAAUGCGACAGCAUACCCAUCCUUGGAACAUAGAUGUUCCCAGCUAAUCAUCGACGAAUUUAUGAAGGUCCGAUGCGUUGUUAUAUAGCUCCUGCUCUAACUUUUGUUCCUGAUGAGAUGGAUCAUAUCGAUGUUUCCGAAUGACUAGACAUACAGCCGAUAAGUUCCCGACGUCCAGCCCUCAACGUAUUCCUCCAAUUUUUCGCCUCACCUUCCCCUUCUAUGACUACAACCCCUUUCUAAAAGGCUGUUAACUCGUUUGGAGAAGCGCUAAAGCUACAGCUUUUGAUUACUCAAUUCCGCCGAUUCCCCAGAACAAAUUGGAUCGUUCCGUCUUGGUCCGGACGCGAAAGAAACAUGAAAAUGAUUUUCCAGUCGGAGAACAGAGUGCGGCGAAAUACAAGAGAUCCAAAGAUAACGAGGCGAUGAUGGGAAAUCGAUAUGGGAAAAUUCGACUUUCGACAAAGGCGUAGAUGGGAGAAGCGGCCCCAAAAAUUGAUUCGGGAAUUUGAUUAUUCAGUCUCUCGCCUCAGCACAUUGAAUCGAAACGAGUUUUCCGAAUGGUAAUCGAAUCGCAUCAUUGAUGCAUGUUCGGAAUGCUGCUCUGGGAAAUGGGGCAUUUUGAUUUCGGAUUCUGGGCUAAAAAUACUUUUUCCUUUUUUCUGUGACAUAAAAUCGAUUGAAUCCAUUUUGAAAGUGGAUAAUCUAUGCUUCUACCUA